AUAGCAUAAAUAGUCAAUCACCUUGGCCUCAUCUCCCUCUUUUUUUCUCUACCAACCUUUCCUAAUUCCCAUCCACAUUCUCUUCUGUACAUAAAUCGGCAGCAACUUUUACAAUCACAAUAAAUAAAAAUGAAGGCUCUUUCCAUCGCUACUCUGCUCCUCUGCAGUUCCGCUGCCAUGGCCCACUAUACUCUCGACUACCCACCAACUCGUGGAUUGAAUGAAGAUAACGAGCCUAUUGCUCCCUGUGGAGGUUUCGCAACCGUAGGACAACGUUCUCAAUUCCCCCUGUCAAAGGGAUUCGUUACAAUCAACAGUGGUCAUGUGAAAGCUGAGAUCAAGAUCAAUGUCGCUUAUGGCAACAAUCCAUCAGAAGCUGAUUUCACUGCCGCUGCUUCUACUCCUGCCAGUUCUAGCUCAGUCAAUCAUCCUGGAAGUUCUUGCUUGCCCUUAGAUCUUUCUUCUUUCAAGGGUGCGGCUGACAACACCAAUGCCACCAUCCAGAUUGUUUACAAUGGAGGUGACAGCCCUCUUUACCAAUGCGCUGAUGUUAUUUUGGUGAAUUCUGCUCCCUCCUUCGACCAGUCAAAAUGUGUUAACGAUGACGGCAAAACCCCUUCCACCACCAACCCUGGUGCCAACCCUAGCAACACCCCAAGCGCUGGUGCCGUCCUGUCAGUCAAGAACGCUUUUACGGCGGCUGCCGCUAUGGCGAUGGCAGCUGCCUUGGCUUUCUAA